AAAACCGGUGGCGCUCGUGGUGAAGAAGCUGUUGAGAGACACAGUGAUAAGUUUGAUGUUCCCAACGCUGGUGGUGGCUGGAGCUGCGGCCGCAGGAGCUUUUUAUUAUAUGAAGAGACGUGGAGAUGGAGAAAGUACGACGGAGUCCACGGAUACAUCUCCUACCCAAGCUCCAGUGCAGACAGCAGCGCCUGUAGACUCUUCCUUGAUGAAUCCCAGCUUCUUGUUUUUAGAGGCUGGAGUCUGUAGUAACGACCCUGAGGACUUUUUGAAUGAACUCGAGAGGAGGUAUAAGAAGGUGAUGGAGCUGAACAGACAGUUGGAGAGGAAAAACUCCUACAUUACAGUCAAAGAGAAGGUACUGCUAGAACAUCUCUCUAAGAGCCGGAUAGGCUAUAAAGACCUCAGGAGGAAACAUGAGCAAGUUGUUCAGGCGCACAGAAACAUGACGGUGCACUACAACAGGAUGAAGAAAGAGUACAAUGAGUUAAAAAUGGAGCGUGAGCAAGAGAAGCUCUGUCUGGCUCAAGCGAUGGAGUCCAGGGCUAGGAUAGAGAAUGAGAACAUUGACCUGCUCUCUCAGAUGAGUACACUGCGGUGCUCCAUGCAUCAACUAAAGCAAGAAUUCGCUGAAACACGCAGGAAGAUUACUGAAAGAAGGGAGCAGGAGCAAGACAAGACUUUUAAAACUUCGGAUCUCAGUCCAAAUUUAACGCACAACGAGCAAAGACUUUUGAUGUCUCUGAUUGAAAGUGAGACUAAGAUCACAAAAGUGAUGAAGGAAAAAUUUAUGUUGGAGAAAGCGCGAGCUAAAUUGUGUGACCAAGUGUGUGUACUGCGACACACCGUGAAGGAGCUGGAGGAAAUGCUCUCUGAUUCCGAGAGGAAGUAUGACGCUGUAAAGCAGGAGAACGAACAACUGAUGCAAAUUCACAAUAUUCUGAAGAUGAGGUACAAAAGGAUGCUGGAGUCUGUAACACAGUGCAAUACGUUCCUAAUGAACUAUUACAAAGAGGAUGAAGUGUUUCUGUGAACCCCAGGUCAUUGUCAGGGGCAUGUUUAAUACCUGGACAUUCUCUUAUAUGUGCACAUACGCCACUGUGGGAUUAGAGUCAGUAGAGAACCCGAAGAGAGAAAUCUGACUCCAUCUCAAAGUGCUACAUCGCUGUCAUCAUACGACUUGGUGGUAAAGAUCUAGGCACAAGCACACAGGAAAAUA